AUGUCAAAGGUAGAACCAUCAGAACGAGAUAAUUCUUCGAUUUUUGUCUCUGGAGAGAAGAGCCGCAUAUUUCCGUCAACACGAUUUUUAAUGGCAAUAAUUCUCUCGCUAUGUUUUAUCGCCCUAUCAGUUUCCACUUCUAAUCUUGCUCAAGCCAUGGUUUGCAUGGUUCAUCAGCCACCGUCAUCAGCAUCAGUAAAAAAGGCUGAAGACCAGACCGUUCUUGUCGCUCGGCGUGACCUGUCAGCGAUGCGAGGCCGUACGGUUCAAGGCAAUUCGUCGGUUCGAGUUCAACCAUGUGGCCAUGGUUCACUGUCCGACCCGGAUAUCUCGGUGUCACCCUGCUACAAGGGCAAUUAUUUACCAUGGACUUCGGAACAACAAGGUGCCAUCUAUGCUGCUCAAAAUGUUGGUUCGUUAUUUAUGCUUUUGGCUGGAUGGCAAGCAGAUCGUCUGAAUGGUAAAUGGACAAUUGCGGUCGCCAUGACUCUACUGAUACUGUCAAAUUCGCUUAUACCAUCGGUAGCGCCAACUUCACCCUGGCUUGUUUUCGUAUUCAGAGUCAUAACUGGUAUGGGUGAUGCACUUCUGUUCCCUUCGGCAUCCUCUAUGAUCACACGAUGGUUUCCACCAAAGGAAAGACCAUUUGCUGUUGGUUUUGUAACUGGUGGAAGGCAGAUAGGAACCCUUUUUAUAUUACCCCUUGGUGGACUGUUUUGUGAACAUCCGUCGACAUAUGGAUGGCCAGCGAUAUUCUAUCUAUCUGCCAUUAUCGGUGGUGUAAUACUACUCAUCUGGCUAUUUUUAUCAGCUGAUAAACCUUCAAAACAUUUUUUGGUUUCUGAACGUGAAGAGCGAUAUAUUGCUCGAAAAAUUACUGAGGAAAAACUCGGAAAGCGUACUGAUCGAGGAAACCCACCAUGGGGUAAACUGGCCCGGUGUCUUCCGUUGUAUGUGGCAGUUGCUGCACUUGUAUGUCACGAAUAUCCUCUCGUUAUCAUGCUCCAAUUGCUUCCAAAGUACUUUUCGGAUGUUCUUGGUCUUUCCAAUGUUGUAAAUGGUAUAGUGUCAUCACUGCCAUCGGUUGUUCUAUUUAUCUCCAAGACGCUUUCCUGUACUUUGGCAUCACUGAUUACAGCAAGAAAACCGCCACUUCUCGGUUCGUUUGUUCUUACAAACGUCGCUUUCAAUUUUCGGCUCGAAAAGUCGCAUUACCAUAAGGAGCUUAAUGAAUUCAUCGCAGGACCCACGGCUUGUUGCAAACUUUUCAACUUUGUUGGCUCUUUGGGUCUUGCAAUUUGUGUGGGAUUGACCCCUUUGCUCGGAUCAAGUGGGAAUGCGACUGCAGCAGUUAUUGUGCUUUGUUUAGCCAAUGCUUUCGCCGGAUUGCAUUCACCUGGUGUACAGACAGCUCUCGUACAGAUAGCACCGGCCUACACUGGUAUUGUUACGGGAAUUGCUUUCGCUGUUGCAGCUGUAUUUUCUAUUAUCAACAAGAUGAUCUCAAGUUACAUUGUGUCAUCUGGAACGUCACAGGAAUGGGCAAUUGUCUUCGAAAUCUCAGCUGUUGUCGCAUUUUUACCGGUAGUAUUCUUUACACGAUGGGGUUCUGCUGAUAUCCAACCAUGGGCCAGUACUCAAGGAGCUACACCAAAGCAAGAAGAUACACGAUCGGAUGAUUCUAUAGUCCCAACUGAAAAUGUAGCUGCGUCCUUAGCAAAAUGCAGUAUGUUCCUAUCACAUGAGCUUUCACCAUCAUAA